GACGGUUAUUACGUACAAUAUUUAACUAGUUUUCAUUUUUAUCUAAUAAAUGCCGAAUUUUCAUUUUUUUUUUUUACAAAUAAAGCAUCGCUAGUUAAAUGUUAUAGAUAUUGUUAAAAUGGUGUUGGGUAAAUUAAUAUUACUGUUUAUAACAACAAUAACUGCUACUGCAUUAAUACAAGAAAGAGAAUUGGCAAGGGAUGAACGUACAGUAAUUGAUUCAAUUAUUAGAACUAAGGAUGCUAAAAGAAAAAACUUAUAUGUUGGUGGUUGUAUUGGAAUGCCAGAUGCACCGAUUAAUGGAAAUAUAAGAUGUUCUACAGAUAGUGGAUGUAUUGCUCGUUGUGAUGAUGGUCAUCAAUUUCCAAGUGGAGCAAAUCAAUUAGCUGUAACAUGUAGUAAUGCAAAGUGGUAUGUUUCUGGCACUGACUGGAGUACAAUACCACAUUGUGAACCAAUAUGUAUGCCAAAUUGUCAAAAUAGUGGAAUUUGUUUCGCACCGGAUCAAUGUUAUUGUCAAGAAAAUUUUUCUGGACCACAAUGCCAAUUUGAAAAUAAACCAUGUUUGGAUUCUGUGCCAUCUGUUCUUAAUUCUCAUAGACGUUGUGAUUCUAAAUUUUGUACCAUAUCUUGUUUGAAAAAUUUUGUAUAUCCAGAUGGGUCAUCAGUUGCUAAUUUGGUUUGUGAAAGUGGUAACUGGGUACCAACCAGAACAGAUUGGGUAUCAAUUCCAGAUUGUACACCUGUUUGCAAUCCACCGUGUCAGAAUGGUGGUAAUUGUCUUCCAAGAAAUGUAUGCCAAUGUCCACAAGAAUUCAGAGGACCUCAAUGUCAAUAUUCAAUGAAUGUCUGUAGCAGUGAAAAACUGAACUUCAACGGUGGUAUUUACUGUAUGGGCUCAGAGAAUAUAAAUUCUUGUAAAUUAAAUUGUCCACUUGGGAUAGAUUUUGAAUUUCCACCAGCAGAUGCUUACAUUUGUAAUUAUGAUACAGGAGUUUUCUUACCACAACCGAUACCUCAAUGCAAAGUUGAUAACAAUAUAAAUAUACACACCGACGGUACUUCGUAUAAUUCGUAUGUUCAUAAAUCUAAUUUUACAUGGUCAUUCGAAAAUAUGUUUGAAUCCAACGAAAGAAAUAAUUCCAGUGACAUUUUUAAAUUACAUAGAGGUGACCAAAUAAUAGAGGAUUUAUUUGGAAUGCUGGAUAAUAGCUUAGUAAUUAUAGAAGAAAAACGACCAGAACCAAAGACUUGUUUUACAUGGGGUGGUGCACAUUAUAAAACUUUUGACGAUCAAAUUUUCAGCUUCGAAAGUAAUUGCAGUCAUACUAUGUUGCAAGAGAAAAACAAUGCUAUUUUAACAAUAACUGUACAAAAUAGUCCAAGUUGCCAAACGGAAUUUCGUUGUUUUAAAAUUAUUAAACUUUUUGUUGGUGAAAAAGAAUACACUCUUUCACGAAAUGAAAGAGAUAUACCUGAAUUUCGUAGCAUUAAGAAAUCUUUUCCGAUACCAGUUCAAUUACCGGGUUUACGCGUUGAGAUGUCAGCACACUUCAUUAUUGUUUAUUUAGACUCUCUAGGAGUUAAAUUGAAAUGGGAUGGAGCAUUGUUAGUACAAAUAGAUGCUUCUGAAACUAUGUGGAAUAGAACAGUAGGUUUAUGUGGAAGAAUGAAUGGUGAUCAUAACGAUGAUUUGAUAGGCAAAACUGGGAAUCAUCCGACAAGUAUUAAAGCAUUAGCCAAUAGUUGGCAAGUUAAAAAUAUUGGUGAAACAUGUAACGAAAAUCUAAAAGAACAGCAUUCUUGCCCAUCACAUUCGCAGCUUGGCCAAGAAGCUUAUGAAUUUUGUACACAAUUAUUAUCAGAUAAUAAAUUUCGAAGUUGCUCAAGUACAUUGAAGAUUUCAGAUUUGGAAUUAGCUUGCGUUUGGGAUUAUUGUGCUUGUAACGAUUUAGAUAGGAGAACUUGUGCCUGCGAAACGAUGAAUGUUUAUGUAAGACAAUGUGCGCAUAAAGGGAUUGUUUCUUUGGCUGGCUGGAGGAAUAAAGAUCUUUGUUCAAUGCAAUGCACAAAAGGACGUAUUUACAUGCCAUGUGGACCAAAAGCACAACCUUCUUGUGGUUCCGAUAUUGAAUUUAAUAUAAAUGAUGCAGAUUGCGAAGAAGGAUGUUUCUGUCCUAAAGGUUCUUUGAUGCAUGAAGAUAAGUGUGUACCACAAGAAGAAUGUCCUUGUAGAUUAAGAGGAAAAUUAUUUCAACCUGGAGCAAGCGUUGCAAAAGAUUGCAAUACUUGUACGUGUACUUCUGGCAAAUGGAUUUGCACGCAAGUUCAGUGUAGUGCUAGAUGUGCUAUCAUUGGAGACCCACAUUAUACAACUUUUGAUGGGAAACAUUAUGAUUUUAUGGGUAAAUGUAAAUAUUAUCUAUUGAAAGGCGAGGAUUAUAGCAUUGAAAGUAAAAAUGUUGCAUGUUCCGGAGCAAUAUCAGAAUCUUUAGGUUUUACUCCCUCUGAGACGCCUUCUUGCACAAAGACAGUAACAAUAAGAACAGAAAAAACAACUAUCCAGUUAAAACAAGAUAAACAAUUAGUUAUCAAUGGAGAAGAUAUUAAUAAAUUGCCACUUUCUGUUAAUGGAAUUAAAAUACAAACUGCGAGUAGCAUAUUUAUUGUUGUUCGUAUGUUGAAUGGUUUAGAAGUAUGGUGGGAUGGCAUAUCUCGUGUUUACAUUAAUGCACCAGCAGAAUUUCAUAGUAAAACAAAAGGACUGUGUGGAACAUUUUCUAAUAAUCAGAAAGAUGAUUUUAUAACGCCAGACGGUGAUAUUGAACAGGUAGUAACUCUGUUUGCUAAUAAAUGGAAAACGAGCGAACAAUGUUUAGAUGUUCAUGAAAGAGAACCAAAACAUCCUUGUGAUUUGAAUCCACAAAAGCGUACUUUUGCGAAAGAGUCUUGUUCUAAAUUGUAUACUGAUAUAUUUGCUGAUUGUCACUGGUAUGUGGAACCAGAAGUAUUUUACAAAGAUUGUUUAUACGACAUGUGUACAUGUACGACUGAUAUCAAGAAAUGUUUCUGCCCCAUAUUAUCAGCAUAUGCAAAAGAUUGUGCAGCGGCAGGAAUAAAAUUAUUAUGGCGUUAUGAAGUUCAAGAAUGUAGCAUCCAAUGUCCUGGAGGUCAAGUAUAUCAAAUUUGUGGCAAUAGUUGUAAAAGAUCAUGUGGAGAUAUAUCUUUUAAUCCAGAUUGUAAAGAAGAAUGUGUAGAAGGUUGUAAUUGCCCUGAGGGUCAAACGUUGGAUAUUACAGGUGAAUGUAUUCCAAUUGGUCAAUGUCCAUGUAUUUAUUCAGGUAUUGAAUUCAAAGCUGGUUAUCAAGAAAUACGACCUGGACAGAAAGGGCAAGAUUUAUGCACUUGUAUAGGUGGUAAAUGGGAUUGCAGACUGGCUACGUCAGAAGAGCUUAAAAAACAUCAAUCAGCUAAUUAUACAUCAGUUCAUUGUUCUGAAACAAAGAAUUUAGAAUUAACAGAUUGUGAGCCAGUAAAACCAAGAACAUGUUACAAUAUGCACAUACCGGUUAUGGAAAGUCCAAUUACUUGUCAACAAGGAUGUAUUUGUAAAUCUGGUUAUGUUUUGGAUGUAAUCAAUGGUAUUUGCAUUAAGGAAGAUGAAUGUCCUUGUCAUCAUGGAGGAAAAAGUUAUAAAGAUGGAUCGAUAAUACAAAGCGAUUGUAAUACUUGUCAAUGUGCAAGCGGUAAAUGGAAUUGCACAAAUAGAAUAUGUGCAGGUGUUUGUUCUGCAUGGGGUGAUUCUCACUACGAAACGUUCGAUGGGAAAUUGUUUAAUUUCCAAGGUGUAUGCGAUUAUAUUUUAGCAAAAGGUGCCCUCAGUAAAGAAGAAACAUUUUAUAUCUCUACCCAAAAUGUUCUUUGUGGAACAACCGGAGUAUCCUGUUCUAAAUCCAUAACACUUAAAGUAGGACACGGUGCGAAUCAAGAAUUAAUUACACUAACAAAAGGAAAAGCAUUGCCUAAAGGAAACUUUAAAAGGAUUGCAAUUAGGACAGUAGGUUUAUUCGUGUUCCUUGAUGUGCCUGAUUUAGGUUUAGUACUACAAUGGGACAAAGGUACUAGAGUUUAUAUUAGAUUAAACCCAAAAUGGAAAGGACAUACGAAAGGUCUUUGUGGUGAUUACAAUGAUAAUAGCGAGGAUGAUUUCAAAACACCUUCCGGUGGUAUUUCUGAAGUUUCUUCUAAUUUGUUUGGAGAUUCAUGGAAGAUAAACGAUUUUUGUCCUGAACCCAAAGAUAUUAAAGAUCCAUGCGAGCAACAUCCAGAACGUAAAUUAUGGGCUAUCGAAAAAUGUAACAUUUUAAAAUCUGAUCUUUUCCGAUCAUGUCACUCUGAAGUGGAUAUUGAAUUUUAUGUGAAAAAUUGUAUCUUUGAUACAUGUAGUUGUGAUACAGGUGGCGAUUGUGAAUGUCUUUGCACAUCAUUAGCAGCAUAUGCUCAACAAUGUAAUGCUAAAGGUGUUCCUAUAAAAUGGCGUUCCCAAGAUCUUUGUCCAAUACAAUGUGAUAAAGAAUGCAGUUCCUAUUCCCCAUGUAUUUCAACAUGUCCUCACGAAACUUGUGAUAAUUUAUUAACUAUUAAAGAUAACUUACAUCUAUGUUCACAAGAUGCAUGCAUCGAAGGUUGUUUAUUUAAACCGUGUGCCAAUGGUUAUAUAUAUAAAGAUGCUAAUUAUACGGAAUGUAUUCCUAAAGCAACAUGCAAGCCAAUAUGUGCAGAAAUUAAUGGGACUGUUUUCUUGGAAGGUGAUGAAGUUAGCAACGAUGAUUGCCAAACUUGUUUCUGUAGUCGUGGUAAAGUAAUAUGUCAAGGUGGACCAUGUGUAACUGUUCCUACAAUUCCUAUAAUUCCUACAAUUCCUUUGGAAGAAUCAUUAAAAUGUGUCGAUGGUUGGUCUGCUUGGAUUAACAAAGAUCAAAAUGUAAAAGGAGUAAAAUUAAAUGAUAUUGAACCAUUACCAAACUGGAUUGAGUUGGCAUCAAUCGAGGGUUCAGCUAUUUGUACAAAGGAACAAAUGAUUGAUAUACAAUGUCGAUCAGUAGAAAAUUAUUUAAGUCCAAAAGAAAGUGGCUUGGAUGCAGAAUGUAGUUUAGAACGUGGCCUUUAUUGCAAAUCGCUGCCAGAUUUGCCAUGCAUAGAUUUUGAAAUUAGUGUUUUGUGUCAGUGUUCUCCAGAAACUACAGCAACGUCAACUACAGUUUUAACUUCUACCGAAAUAUUGAACAACAAUGUUUGCGAAUUAGAAAAUUCUUAUAAAAAGCAUCCAACAGAUUGUCAUAUAUUUUAUCAGUGUGCUCAUAAUGUCUGGGUUGAGAAAACAUGCGACUCUGAUAUGUUUUACAAUCCAAAUUUUCAAGUAUGCGAUUGGCCAGCUAAUGUUAUACUUAUAAGACCAGAAUGUUAUAUCAAACAAACGACUCUGAAUAAAGAAGUCCAAUGGACCAAAAAUACUACCACAUCUUAUGAAAAUACACUGAUUACAACGGAGGAGAAAAAAGUUACAACUACAAGAUUAUGCAAAGUUGAUGAAAAAUGGAACGAUUGUGCUAUUAAAUGUAGUCAAACUUGCGAAUACUAUAGUUUUUCUUUAUCAGAACAAGGCCUUUGUAAAGGAGACACAGAUUGCAUUCCAGGAUGUGUAUCAUUAAAAAGAACAGAAUGUCCUUCGUCUAAAUUUUGGAAAGAUUUUGAAACAUGCGUUGACUCGGUCGAUUGUACUUGCAAAUCUCACAAUGGAGAAAGUAUCAAACCAGGCAACGUGGUUAAAGAAAGCGAGUGUGAAAUAUGUCAAUGUAUUCAUAAUUAUUAUACAUGCGAUAAAACUGUGUGCACGAAUGUUACUCAUCAAGUUGAGCCAUCGUCAUCUACAUCUACACCUACGUUUAAUUAUGAGACAAAGCCUUCAACUUGGAUUACUACAGAAAAAAAUAUAAUUAUUGUAACCAGUACUGUAACUCCACCUGAACAAUGCGAUAGUGGUAGAUAUAUACCACUUAUUCAACAAUCUGCAACAAAUGAAGUUUCUUUUAAUGCUAGCAGUAGUAAUGGCAUUAGAUUUCAACCUGAGAAUGCAGUAUUUGAUAAUCAAAUAACAAAGGAACCAAUUAGAAGUUGGCAACCACAAUUUGUUGAUAAAAAUCAAUGGUUUACUAUAGAAUUUCAACAUCCUUUACCAAUUUAUGGUAUCAUCUUAAAAGGUUCUCCUAUUGAUGAUAAAUUUGUAACAAGUUAUCAAAUACUUUUUUCCGAUGAUGGUCAUGCAUUUUCAUACCUAAUGGAUAAUACAAAACAACCACGUAUAUUUAGAGGACCCGUUGACAGUAUCGAGGCAGUUGAACAAAAGUUUUAUGAACCUAUCGAAGCUAAAAUUAUUCGAAUAAAUCCUUUGACAUGGCAUAAUGGAAUUGCUAUCAAAGUUGAACUACUUGGUUGCGAAGAAAAUGUAAUUGAAACUACGACUAAGCUUGAUAUAUUAUCGACUAUAACAGAAUUUUUUGAUACAACAACUGUUAAAUAUUUCGAAAAAAUUAUAAACCCAGUGUGCGAAGAUUCCAUGGGGUUGGACAAUGGAUUGAUGUCAGACGCACAAAUUUCUGCAUCCUCUUCCUUCGACGAUUUAUUAUCAAGUCUCAAAUUAUCAGCACCAGGAAUAUGGAGACCUAAAUUGGAUAAUUUAAAUCAAUACGUUCAAUUUGACUUUUUGGAACCACGAAUUAUAACAGGAAUUAAAACUAAAGGAGAUAAUAAUAUAUGGACAACUGUAUACAAAAUUUCUUACAGUAUUGAUGGUCGUCAAUGGAAUCCAAUCAUUAAUGACGAUAACAUCGAAGUUGAAUUUUUAGGAAAUUUUGAUUCUAUCAAUAUUAAAACUAAUUUAUUUGAGAAACCAUUGCGAACAAGAUAUUUAAAAAUACAACCAAUAAAAUGGCAUGAGCAUAUUGGAUUGAAAGUCGAAGUACUUGGAUGUUUCUCACCAUAUCCUAUAAUAACAACAGAAUUGCCUACUUCGACAGAAUUAAUUAUAACAGAAUGUAAUACAUGUGAUGGUAUAUUAAUAGAAAAUACAACUACGUGUAAUUGCGAUCAAUCUCUUUGGUGGAAUGGAGAAACUUGUGUUUCCAAACAAAACUGUCCAUGUGUUGUUGGUCAUAUCUCGUAUGCUGUCGGAUCAAUUUAUGAGUCAGAAAAUUGUCAACAAUGUACUUGUACUUUGGGUGGUGUAUCUUCCUGUAUACCAAAGAAAUGUGAACCGUGUUCUGAGCCAGGAAUGCAAUCAGUUAUCAUAGAAUUAUGCAGUUGUAUUUGUAAAUCUUGUCAAUAUGGUACAAGAUACUGUCCAACAAGUAACACUUGUUUAAAUGAAACUUUAUGGUGCAAUGGAGUACAGGAUUGUCCUGAUGACGAGAAGGACUGUCCAAAAACUGAAAAACCCAGUAAUCGCUUCGAUUUUACGGAUGUAGUUAAAUAUACAACCACCCCAAUUCCUACUAAAACCACUGUUCCAGUUCCUUCAGUUCAAUGCGAAAAACCUAUAUGUCCUAUUGGAUAUAAGACAGUUAUACGGGGUGGUUGGAAUAAACAUCAUAUAAGUAAAGCUUAUAGCAAUGUUUAUGAACAUACUUUUAUCGAUAAUAAUAAUAUUUUUACGAAAGGAAAACGAAGACCUACUAAGCAUUCAACUAAAAAGAAUAAUAGAAAAUCAUGGAAAUAUCAUGAAACUGUUAACCAUGAAAUUUAUAACAGCCAAGGAAGUAUGUUUUGUUCACAUUUUACAUGCGUUCCAAUUAAACCACCAUUAGUAUUUGGUGGAAUACCAGAAACAGAUAAUUGUCCAGAAGUAGCAUGUCCUCCAAAUUAUACAAUCAAAUAUGAAAAAAUGAGUAUGUAUAAGAUUGAAAAAUGUCGAAAGUACACAUGUGAGCCUCCGAUACCGUUAGAAGCUAUUUGCAACGUCACAGGAAAAACAUUUAAUACGUUUGACAAUUUAGAAUAUAAAUAUGACAUAUGCAAUCAUAUUUUAGCGAGAGAUAUGUAUGGAAAUAAAUGGUAUAUAACAUUGGAAAAAUUAUGCGAUGGUAUACAAUGUUCAAGAAAUUUAGCAAUAUUUAUUGACGAUGAAGUAAUAGUUUUGUAUCCAGACAUGCACAUAGAUAUCAACGAUUAUACUUAUACAUCAAACCAAGUUGGACGUCUUGGUGAUAGAUUUAAAUUAUUUAAAGUGUCACGUGUUGGUGAUACCAUAUAUCUUAUUUGUAAUCAUUAUGGAUUCUGGGUCAUGUGGAAUAUGGAUACAAAUAUUAAGAUUGGUAUUAAUAAAAAAUUGAAUAGCCUUGUUGACGGGCUUUGUGGUUACUUCGAUGAAAACAUAUUAAAUGAUAAACAAAUGCCGGAUGGAAAACAAUCUAAAAGUACUGUUGAAUUUGGUAAUAGUUGGAUAAUGGAAGGCGCAUUGCAAUGUGAAUCUCAGGCUUGUCCAUAUGAUAUUAAAGAACAAGGAUGGAAAAUUUGUAACACGAUAAAAGAUAGAUCUUUAGCUAUUUGUUCUGGUGUCGUGGAUUUGGAUAAAUUCUUAUCGAGAUGUUUAGAAACAGCUUGCACUUGUUUACGCAGUAAAUCUACUUAUGAUGAUUGUCGUUGCCGGACAUUAACGAGUUUUGUUACAGAAUGUCAGGCUAACAAUCAAAAUAUUGAUUUGUCAACUUGGAGAAAUAUUUAUGAUUGUCCUGGUAAUUGUUCAGCACCGUUCGUGCAUAAAGAUUGUUUCCGGAAUAAAUGCGAACGUAGUUGUAACGAUUUACAAGAAGUUGAUCCUUGUCCAGUUAUGGAAGGUGUUUGCUUUUCUGGUUGUUUCUGUCCAGAGGGUACAGUACGUAAUGGUGAUAACUGUAUUCCAACAAGUGAAUGUCGUGACUGUAUUUGCGAAGGAUUUGGAAAUUCAUUUAUUAGUUUCGAUAGAAAAAAUUUCACAUUCGAAGGAAAUUGUACAUAUAUAUUAUCGAGGGAUAUUGUCAACGAGGCAAAUUUACAACAUAAAGACCAUACAUAUCAGGUCCUAGUUUCCAAUAUUAUUUGUGACACUGGUAUUUGUACUGAGGGUAUUAUUGUUUUGUACGAGUCGCAUGUUAUCAAAAUCAUCCAAGUAUCGAUUGUAAGAACUUUAGUAGAAAUAAAUGUUGAUAAUACAAUAGUGGAAGCAUUGCCUUAUGAAACGCACUGGUUGAAAUUGGAAGAAACGCCUGGAAAAUAUUUGAAAUUAUUAAUACCAGCUAUUCAAUUAGAAAUUACUAUUACGCAACCUAAUUUUGCAUUCACAGUUAGAGUUCCAUCGCGAAUAUUUGGUGAUGCUAUUGAAGGUUUAUGUGGAAAUUGUAAUAAUGAUAUUGAAGAUGAUUUGAAACAACAAGAUGGAAACAUUACAGAUAACGUAGAACAAUUUGGCAACAGUUGGUUGGUUGAUAGUUUACCAGUCGACUACCAUCGAGACAUUCAAAAUUGCAUAUCUAAACAAAAACCUAUAUGCAACUCGCAGAAAGUAGAAAAUGAUUUGUGUAAUCAAAUUUUAAGCACUGUAUUUUCUCAAUGUCAUGAUCUUGUUGAUCCCGAUCCAUAUUUGUCUAUUUGUCAAGAUUCAUUGUGUACUGGAAAAGAUUACUGCGAUAAUUUAGCAGCAUAUGCUAGGAAAUGUGCAGAAACAGGUUUAUGUAUUGAUUGGAGGACAUAUGACAUAUGUCCAUAUACAUGUCCACCAUAUUUACAAUAUAAACCAUGCGGUUUCGAUUGUACUUGUGAUAAUAUUAACGCAGAAAGUAACAAAACAUGUAAUAUGCAGUUUGAAGAAGGAUGCUUCUGUCCAGAAAAUUAUGUACUUCACAAUAACACAUGUAUCGAACAAAAGAAAUGUUUAGUGUGCGACGAAGAUGGUCACAUUGAAGGAGAUAUUUGGUAUUCAGAUAAAUGUACUACGUGUACUUGUCAGAAAAAACGAGUUAAUUGUCAGAAAAUAGAAUGCCCGACGUUAGACACAAUUUGUGAAGAAAAUAUGACACCUAAACUUGUAUCCGGUACUGAAACUGAUUGCUGUCCUAAAUAUUUGUGCAUUGCAGCAACGGAAUCUCCAUUAUGCGAAGAAAUGCAGCAACCGGAAUGUGGAUUUGGACAAGUUAUGAAAUUGCAUACAGAUACUAAAGGAUGUAAAAAAAUUGUUUGUGAAUGUGUACCAACGGAAGAAUGUCCUGUAUUGCAAGACAUUGAAAUAGAAGUUGAAAUAUUGGAACCUGGUAUGGUAACAGCGAUGAAUACAAGUGGUUGUUGUCCGAAAUUGAAUAAGAUUUGUAAUCCACUGAUGUGUCCUUCACCACCAGUUUGUCCUGAUUAUUAUAUACUAAGUGAAAAGCCAUUAAAAAGUGCAUGUUGUUCAUAUUAUGAGUGUAAACCGCCAAAAGAUAUCUGUAUUUAUAAUGCAACAUCAAAUACAGGCUCACAGUAUGUAAUAUCAAAAACUAUUGGAGAAGAAUGGAAAGAAAAUAAUUGUCGAACAUGCGUAUGCGAAAAUUCAGAUUUAGGUCCUGAAAUAAAAUGUUUAACGGUAAAGUGUCCUGAUGUUAAAAUUCAUCCAGAUAUAAGUGAUUUUGUAAUGGAAGAAGUUUUAUUAAACGAUGAAUGUUGUCCGAGUUUGAAACGUGUCGCAUGCAAGGAAGGAGAUCAAAUUUAUAAGGUUGGUGAAACGUGGAAACCAGAUGAAGAAGAUGCAUGCAUUACAAAAGAAUGUAUAGAAGAUGCAAAUAACAUACAAAAUCAAAUCAAAGUACAAAAUUGUAAUGUUUCUUGCGAAUAUGGUUACGAGUAUCAACCAUCUAACGAUAAAAGCAGUGAUUGUUGCGGAAAAUGUGUUGCCAUUGGUUGUGUUGUAAACAAAGAAAUUAAAAGUAUUGGAGAACAAUGGUAUUCCAUUGAUAAUUGUGUCACAUAUUCUUGUCAAUCUGUAGAUGGAAGUUUAUACAUAAAUUCAGUAACCGAGGUAUGUCCUGAAAUUAAUCUAAUCGAUGAAGAAGAAUAUGUGAUUGAGAAAUAUAAUCUGCCUAAUAAAUGUUGUCCAGUUAUCGUUAAAACAGCUUGUCGUGAUGAUGAUAGAAUUUAUCAGAUAGAUGAACAAUGGAAACAUCCAACUAAUGAUUGCAUCACUCAAAUAUGCAAAUCUAGAGAUAAUGAAGCUAUGAAAGUACUGGAUUAUAAAACUUGUUCUGAGGAAUGUCCUAUGGGUUGGAAGUAUCAAGCACCGAAAGAUAAUAAAUGUUGCGGAGAGUGUCAGCAAAUAUAUUGCGUGGAUGAAAAUAUUCUUUACGAACCGGGUGAAACGUGGUCUUUUAACGAUAACUGUACGACAUAUACUUGUUUACAAAAAGAUAAUCAGGUAAUAUAAAAUAAUUUAUUUAGUAUGCAAAUCAAGUGUCAUCCAUGGGUUAAAGUUAGACGUUUAUCGGUCAGGGACACGAUAAUGGUUCAGUUGAGGAUCACAUUGGAAUAUUCUCAUAGUGGUCUCGACCGACCUGUGGCUAGCUGUUGGGCUUAG